CACCAUCGGCGCCGCGCGCUCGAUGUCUGCUGGAUCAAAGUGCCAGGUCUGCAGUGCACAGCGGCAGCGCUACCGGUGUCCCACCUGUCGAAUCCCCUACUGCUCCGUCGCGUGCUUCAAGGUGCACAAGGAGAAUCGUUGCGAGGCGAAGGAGGAGGUCGCGAGGACGGCGCCGCGCGGAGGAGGAGGAGACGUGCGAGUCGAGGACGCGAUCGGAGAGAGCGGCGACAGGGUCGCGUCGGAGACGCUCGAUUGGCUGCGGUCGAGCGAGGAGGUCAAGGAUCUGCUGAGCAAUCCUCACCUGAGAGCGAUCAUUAGGGAGCUGAACGCGAGCGCGUCCGUGCCGCAGUUCAUCGACAAGUGCAUGCGAGAGCCGAUCUUCACGGAAUUUGCCAACGCGUGCCUGCGCUCGGUGCGAGAGGGACCGGCGGGCGUGCCAGAGGCCGCGGACGCCAUCUCUGACGAAGACGACACGAACUGAACGUUCCCGUCCGGUUUGGCGGUAUUAAUGAUUGCAAAGCUGAUGUCGCAUACGUUGUAGAGCAUUUCAAAGGUGAUAUUACGUACGUUAUAAAGCAUUGCAUAGGUUAUGUAUUGAACAUUGUGAAUCAUUGCGAAGCUGAUGUUGCAUACAUUAUAAAGCAUUGCAAGGGUAAUGUUGCGUACAUUGUAAAUCAUUUCAAAGGUGAUAUUGCAUACAUUAUUACACAUUGAAACGUUGAUAUAUUGUGUACAUUGUAAAGCUUCAAAAGGUGAUAUUGUGUAUAUUCUAAAGCAUUCCAAAGGUGAUAUCAGACACGUUCUAAAGCGUCAGGGGUGAUAUUGCGUACAUAGCAAUUCAUUAUCAAGGUGAUAUCGUGUGUAUUGUUAUGCUUAUUGUUCUGCAAUUUUAAAACAUUGUCAGCGUGAUAUUGCAUACAUUGUUAAGCAUUGUCAGUGUGA